CGCGAUCCCAUCUUGUACUUACAACGCCGGAAUGUCUGACCAAUUGCAAACCUGGAUAGAAUUCAAGUCCAAUCCAUCUUCAAAAGCGCUAUACACUCACGAUGCUUCUGUCAUCUUUGUGCCUACCAGCGUUGGAGCUCGCGGUCCAGAGCAAAUCGCCACGUUCUUCCGACACGAUGAUUUUAGCGAGCGAAAUGUCCACGUCAAAGAAAAAAUGCAUAACAGAGUUAUGUCUGGCGAGAAACUCAUCGAAGAAGCAGACUGGACAAUUACUCUUCACAAAGGAGAAUGCCUUUGGUUAGCUCCAACUGUUGCCUAUGAGACAUUGCUUGGCUCUACCGUUGUUAUUCCUGUCGUUCGUUCCGCCAUCUUUGACGACGGUUUGAUCCUUAGCGUUCGCAUUUACUGGGACCAAGCUAGCGUACUUCAGCAAUUGAAUGUCCUCUCUACCAGAAAGGGUAUUCCCAUCCGUGGUAUUGAACAGGUUGAGGCAUUGCGCAACCCACAGACUGUUAAGUUGAACGCCUGGGGCGACAACAGUGCUUCAGCCGCCGCUGUAGCGCCAAAGGUAUGUACUAUGUGUAAGUGAUGGAUCUUGAAGACUAUU